UGGGGAUUUCGUAUGCAGGGUGGAAAAGACUUCAGCAGUCCAUUGACAAUUCAAAAGGUGAAUCCAGGUAGUCUGGCAGCAAAAUGUGGUUUACAAGUGGGAGAUAUCAUUCUGAAAAUAGGGAAUUUAGGUGCUGAAGUGUUGAGACAUAAAGAGGCCCAAGAUACAAUAGUGGCGUCUGGCAAUAGACUGGAUUUAUUAUUGCAAAGGGGAGGAUCAACACCAUCUUACGAGACAUUUUCCACACCACAAACCAACAGUUUUACACCAAAAAUUACACCUGUUAAAAACAUACCAAAUGCCUUCAGACCUAGCCCUGCCGCCCCACCACCACCACCAUCCAACCCCCAAACUUACAUAGCUCAACCAGUGGGCCCUGGAGACACACCAGGCACUGUCAAGGCCAUUGUAUCUCAACGAUAUAACACACCAAUAGGACUGUAUUCUGAUAGAAAUGUACAAUCAACAUUUAAAGGACAAUCUAAA